GACAAGUUGUUACCUGAUACUACGUCUGGAAGAAUUUCCAAUGUUUUAUGGGAUAUUCUGAAUCAAGAAAGCUUAGUUCGAUUCUCCAUGGUACAGAAAAUUCAGAAUCUGGUUAUGGAUGUCAUUGACAACAAAAACAGCACUCAAAACAUGAAUAAAAGACUUAACGAUGUAAUAAAAGAAUUGCAGGAAUCAGAAGAUCGGCACCAAAGAAUAAGAAAAGAAAAUUUGAAAUUACAAGAGGAAUUAAAGAUAUUGAAUGAGACACUGGGUGAAAACAAAAAUCGCACUGAAAAAAUGAUUCAAAAUUUAAAAGAAUCAGAAAUAAGUUUCUUAAAACGCCAAACCCUGGAUCUGCAAAAGAAAAAUCAGGCAUUAACAAACGAAAACAUGGACACGAAAUCCAGACUUGAGAUUAAUCAUAAAAUAAUAACUUUUGUGAACAACAGCCAGACUGGAUUAAAAGAAGAAAUUCAAGAAACGAAGACAGCAGUAGCAGAAAAUUCACAAAAUGACAGAUUGCUAAGAAAUGAGCUACAAGAGCUCAGAAACAAAAACAACACCUUUUCUGAAGAAAAGAAAUCGUUAGCUGAUCAACUAAAUCGAAUGAAUAAAACUCAGUACAAUAUGUUGGAGGACAUAUUCAAAAGAAUUUCAGUCUCCAUCAAUAAAACCAUGAACAAUAUUCGUGAGAAUGUUAAUCAAUCAAUAUUACAAUUAUCGGAUAAAAUAUCGAGAGUUGAUUCAAGACUGUUCCCAAGGUAUUGCUAUGAUAGACUAAAAAGGAAUCCCAGCCUGAAAGGAAAAGAUGACGUUUAUGAUAUUGUCGUCGACUCUAAGAUCACUUCCGUUUAUUGUGACAUGACUACAGACGGAGGCGGAUGGACGGUUUUACAAAAGAGAAUAGACGGCUCAACUGAUUUCUAUCGGACGUGGGAAGAAUAUAAACAUGGUUUUGGCCAUCCAAAGAAAAACUACUGGAUUGGUAAUGAUGCCAUCCAUGCUUUAACCAAAGAUCAGGACCAGGAACUAAGAGUAGAUCUCCAGAGAUUUAAUGGGAAAAAAGCGUUUGCUGAAUAUUCAACAUUUUAUAUCGGAAACGAGGCUGAUAAAUACCGACUGACGGUUUCCGGGUACAAUGGAACUGCAGGUGACAGUUUGGCUUGGCACAAUGGAAUGAAAUUUAGUACUAAAGAUCAGGACAAUGACAACUGGAGUAGUAGUAACUGUGCUUCAACAUGGCACGGAGCCUGGUGGUACAACGAGUGUCACAAAUCAAACCUUAACGGAGCGUACGCAAAGUCUGCUCUGUCUAGUUGGAGUUACCCGGUAUGGGAACACUGGAAAAGAAAUGAAGCAUUAAAACAGACUGUGAUAAUGAUAAGAUACAAAUAUUAAAUUCAAUGUUAUGAUUAAUAAAAUAGUUCAUGUUGUGAUAUUACUAU